UCAGACAGGUACAGACUGCCGUAACACUAGAAUAGCCUUCAUGAUUUGCUUCGUUAUCACUCUACACUUCAACUGUUAUACUGUAGAGGUGAUACAAGUGAAAUGGCAAUGGCAAAGCAAAGCUGCUCAGAGAACAACCUGAAGUUUAUCUGUGAGUUUAAACCUGGGUCUGGUUCCUCGCAGACGUCUACUGAUGAAGGUUACGGUGCCGGUUUUGGUUGUGAGACGGUUUCUGUCGUCCUCCCUGCACAGUGCAGCGUCUACCAGCUGCGGCUGCACAUCUGUAUGCAGGUACAGUUGCAAGGUUGUCAUCCGGACCCAUUUGCCAUACUGGAUCCAGAGAAGUACACUUUGCUAUAUGCCCGGGGGGAUGACUGGUACGAAGCCUACGAUGACUGUCAGGUUAUCAGGACGUUAGACAUUCCUUGGUCAUGUGAUGACUCCCAGUGUCUGUUGGCCCACAUACUGGUAAAAGCUCUGGUGGCUGUUGAUUUCGAGGUAAAGAAGAAACAGCAGCAGUGUCUGACAUAUCUGAUUGGACACGACCUGGAGUACGAAGCGUCUGAUAGACUCAGCGAACUCACAUUCACCCGCAGGAAACUGACAUCUCCCAGAAGACAAGAGCUGAGGAAUCGGGAUGACGAGUUGUACGCCACAGAACCUUGGAUAACUUCUGUCCCCUUACCGGCAGACUUACAGGUCUGGCUGAAUAGAAAGCUUCGCGUCAACUUUCAUUACAUGAGCAAGAUCAGCUUCAGCGUACAGGUGGAUUUGAGUACAAUGCCGGAUGUUCUUCUUAAAUAUUUCCGAAGGGUCAUGUCAGACCAGCGGCUUGAAUACGACGCCUCUGAAAGUGUGGUGUUGAAAGUCACGGGUAGAGAGGAGUUUCUAUCUGGAGACUACAGCCUCAGUGAUUUCCUCUGGGUCCGACAGUGCUUGAGAACCAACCAGGACCUCCACCUAUCAGUGGCUCCUGUGUCACAGCUCCCCGAAGAGACCGUCAAGUUUGUGGACUGGCCACUGGUUGAUGGUUUCAGCGGUCAGUUCAGUUCCCACAAUGAUCUCUGUCUGGAAGGGAAGGAUUUGGAGGACAUUUUCAUGAUAUCCUUGUGGGACUGCAACAGAAACCUCAGAGUCAAACUGCUCGGCUUUGAUAUCCCAAAACUUCCAAGCAAAUGCCCUCAGUCUGUUUACGUUGAAGCAUCCAUACUUUACGGAAACAAGGUUCUGUCUUCAGUGUCGUCAAUUCCUAAACCCUUUGCAGAUGAAGUUCUGUGGAAUGAGUGGCUGGACUUUGACGUUCUCCUCAGGGAUCUGCCACGUGGAGCCAAGCUGGGUCUCACUAUUAAUGCAAGUGGUGGUGACAAUUCCUCAGCAACCAAAGACCCGAGACCUUCAACAAUCAAUGAUCCAAAGGCUCCAAUCACUGGAGACCCGAAGACCUCCAACAAGGCACCAGACCUGCAGAAAGGGAAAGGGAAAGUGCUCUACUUUGUCAAUCUUCUCCUCAUAGAUCACAGGUCUAUCCUCAGCCAGGGCUCCUACACUCUGCACAUGUGGUCCUACCUUGACGUGGACGAAGGAGCUAUCACCUACCAAGCAGACAAACUGUCGUCUGCUACCAACCCAGACAUCACUGACUCGAUGGCUAUCAGCUUCCUUCUGGACUGCUACAGCUUCCCUGUAGUUCUUCCAAACACCUUCAGCCCUUCUGAAGGAUCUGGCAGUCCCUCCUCUGGCCACCCCUCAACCAAAUCUGCUGCCUCCUGGCAGGCGUCCGCUUUAACCAGCACAGAUUCUUCCCCAUCUCCAGCCAUGAACAGAGGCUGUCUGAGAAGGUUCCGGGAGGAGAGCAUCCACUAUGCCUCCAGCCUGCCCCACUACCUGCGAAACAUUGACUGGAUGAACCACAAAGUGGUCGAGGAUGUCCACUGGCUUCUGGGGAACUGGGAUCCCGAGGAACUGGAUGUAACUUUGGCUCUGGAGCUGCUGAGCAUGGAUUUUGCAGAUGAGACUGUCAGAAGACUGGCGGUGCAGAGACUGGAGAGCCUGUCCAACGAUGAUGUGAUGAAGUAUCUGCUGCAGCUGGUGCAGACCCUUAAAGUGGAACCAUAUCAUGACAGCUUCCUCGCUCGGUACCUCAUCCAAAGAGCUCUGCGGAGUAAGAGGAUCGGCCACUUCUUCUUCUGGUACGUCCGCAGCGAGGUGGCCGGAUGUCCAUACUUCCGCCAGCGAAUGGCGGUGAUCCUGGAGGCCUACCUGCUGGGCUGCGGUCAGGCGAUGCUGGACAGCUUCAUCCAGCAGGUCCGGGCCGUGGAGGCCCUGCAGAAGGUGGCUCUGCUCAUCAAGAGCUUCUAUCCAGACAAGACCAACCUGCCGUCCACAGUGCCUCUCAGGCUUCAGGAGCAGCUCAGAAACAGCGACCUGCCGGAUGAAUUCCUGCUGCCCUUCGAUCCUCGUAUCAAAGCCGGAAGGAUCCUGCUGGAUAAAUGCAAAGUGAUGGCGUCUAAGAAGAAACCUCUAUGGCUUGAGUUCUCUCCGAUGCCGUCGCCGACUCCAGCAACACCGGUGGGAAUCAUCUUCAAAGAGGGGGACGACCUCCGACAGGACAUGCUGGUCAUUCAGACUCUGGUUUUGAUGGACUCCAUCUGGCAGGAGAAAUCUCUGGAUCUGAACCUUAUUCCGUACGGCUGCAUCGCCACAGGACACAACAUCGGUAUGAUUGAGAUCGUGAGGAACGCCACGACCAUCGCUACCAUCCAGAGGAGCCUCGGAGGAACGGCUGCAGCCUUCAGGAACGACAGUCUGUACGAGUGGCUCAAGUCCAAAUGUCCACUCCAGGAAAUUCACUACAACACUGUGGAGAAGUUUGUGAAGUCCUGUGCUGGUUACUGUGUGGCCACGUACGUUCUGGGAAUCGGAGAUCGACACAACGACAACAUCAUGAUCACGGACCAAGGAAACUUGUUCCACAUUGACUUCGGUCACAUCCUGGGAAACAGGAAGUGCUUCCUUGGCAUGCCGAGGGAGCGCGUCCCGUUCGUCCUCACACCUGACUUCCUGUUGCUCAUGGGGAGGGUCAGAGGUCGCAACAGCCUCUACUUCCAGCGGUUCAGGGACACCUGCAUCCAGGCCUACCUGUCCCUGCGCUGCCACUCCCGGCUGCUGGUCACCCUGUUCUCCCUGAUGCUGCUCACCGGCAUCCCGGAGCUGAGCGCCGCAGAGGACAUGCGCUACCUGCGGGAGGCGCUGCAGGAGGACCAGACUGAGGCCGAAGCCAGGCAGCAUUUCCUGCGGCAGAUCGCCGAGUGUGAGCGGAUGGACUGGACGGUGCAGACCAACUGGUGGAUCCACAUGGUCGCCGGCAUCAAGUAGACUGCUGGGCCUGUCCAGGAGCCUCCAGGAACCACCGGCUUAUUCUUUGUUUUUAUGGUGUUUAUCGUUAUAUUUGUGUCAUACUCACUUGUGACUGUUGCAAGGAAAUGCGGCUUGAAAUUGUUGCAUGGUAACCAGCAACAUUGAUUAUAUAUAUACACUAUAAAUACACGGACUGUGCAGUUUAUUUUAUCACACUUAAAUCAGAUGCAACUCCUGCAACCAUCUCUAUCACUAUGCACCAAAACAGCAACAAAUAUGUCAUAUUUUUUCGAAUGUAAAGGCAUUUAAUUAAAAAAUGGCAUGUAAUUACACACAUCUACCCAUUAGGGGAGCAGUUCCUCAUGUUUUUGGUCUAAUGAGAUAAAAUAAGAGAAAACUACUACUCCUGAAGGACAUUCUUUUGCUAGAUUUUGCUCAGAAAACCAAAUUACUUAACAUUUAAUUUGCAGAAGUGCAGCGCCUAGUAGAAAAGCAAUAAUAUAUAAGUACGAUGCAUUACUGAAGAUGAAAUAAGUAGCUAAAAUAAGGCUGUAGAAGUAAUACUGAUUAAUGAUACUGAGGGGGUAAAGUAAUGUCUCACAUGAUAAUGAAAUACUGCACAUGAAAUUAGAAUAUUGCACAUGAUAAAAUGAAGUUGAACUAUUGCAUAUGAAAAAUUAACUAUUGCACUGUUGCUUUUUAACUUUUUCUUGGUGGUUAGUGACAGAAAGCUGUAGUUUCUGGAUGCCUUUUAUAGUUUUUACAGAAAAUCACAUUAAUAUUGAAAUGAUCCCUCAAUAAAAUCAUAUCUCUCAGCACAAGAGUAUGUGGGAUUAGUCACAAUAGCUGAAAUUAUGUUGGUUUUUAAAAAUGCUUUAUUUUACAAGAGUUUCUAGAUUAAGUUUUUUGUGCACAUCAGUAGAAAACUAAUUAGAUUUAUGCAUAAUCUUUUUGUUAGUGUAACAGAGGAAUAAUUUUUACGCAUCCACUCAUCAAAACAUGUUUUCACAAAUCAAUCAAGAACCGCAUUUCUGACAAAAUGCCAAACUUAAAAUGUGGGAGGUUUGAGAAGUUUAACAACAAUUUUACACGACGAGUGUUGAUGAACUUGUUACAAAUCUGAGAAAUUCUGUCUUACUGGAAGUUCAAUAAUUAGAACAGUCGGCCUGUUUGAAUCUGGAGGAGACGCCGAUGAUGUGCAGAUUAAUUUGUGUUCAUAUCCUGAAACUUUGCUUUGUUCUUGUGUGAAAUUAAAGCCAGUAUGUUGUGUUGUCUUGAA